AUGGCAACUGAGUACUACCGAGAGUUAAUAAAGAGGAACCUUAUACAACCUACAAAAGAAUAUUCUCUCACUGGAUACGGGUGCACCGUGCAUGAUGUGGUCCGCACCAUUGCUGAAUAUGUGGCAAGAGAAGAACCACUAGUGGUGAUUGGCAGAGAACAGGCUGCUACCGGUGGUGUUGGUGGCGUGCAAGUAGACGUACUCUUGGGGGACAACCUGACACAUGUGGAGAACAUCCCUUCAGUUGUGGAACUUGACGUGUUUGACUGCCCUGAGCUGAAGAAGAUCACAGCACUCGACAGCAGGUUGCAGAAGAUUAGGAUCGUUCGCUGCACAAAGCUGGAGGUUCUAGAAGGUGUACCAGCACUCGACAGCCUCGUACUGGAGGACUCCACCAUGGACACGCUUCCAGAAUACCUGCAAGCUGUAAACCCAAGGUAUCUCCGAAUGGGACAAGACCAGCCACAUUGGAAGGCGCAACAUUGUCUGCCUCUAAGAUGGCGCGUGUGUUCAGGUAAAUUGCAUUCUUUCACUAUGCCGGAAGUGGGUUUUCAUAUUUAUUAA